AUGGACUCCAUAGACAAGAAAGUUCAUGAGAAAUUAGAUGAAGAAGAACUCGAAGAUACAGUGGAGAAUGCUAAACCUUUGUUCGAAGAAGAAGUUGGAAAAAUGUGUGAAAAACAAUUAGAACAUGAACGUGAGAUAUAUUAUGGUUAUAGAGAUUCUCCAUACGAACUAGACCAAUGGGAACAAGAAGAUUUAAAGAGAGAAUUUAGAGAAUAUGAACUCGCUAAGAUAGCAUUUGAAGCUGCAGAAAAGAAGUUAAAAGUUUGGGGUCGUUUUGUAAAAAAAUAUUGUGAGUAA